AUGCCAUCCCGUGCAAGGGCGCAAACUAGCAAACGUUAUUGGUCAUUUAAUCCAGAACCUACAUCAGCCUCACAGACCCAACCUUCUUCAGCUUCAAUCCAAAAUGCUUCUACGUCUACUGUAUGUGAGGGAACUAAUGACGAAUGUGCUAGUGCUGAUCCAAAUCUUAGUAAGGAUACUGUCGAUGACAAUAAAACUUUUAAUUUUGACGAUCCUAAUACGUGGCCUGCGGUGAUGAGUGAUAAAAUACGGCAGGAAAUAGUAUUGUGCUACGGUGGUUUUCAAGCUUUUCAGGCCAGAUCAAAAUCAUUUCCAGCUGACCCCUCAGGAAAACAUUUCCAUGAAACAUUGUUGUACAUGAAAACAGACAACAGAACAUGUAAAGCAAUUCCACGUGAAUGGUUAAUGUGGAGUGAAACAAAAAACAGCAUUCAUUGUUUACCCUGUAGCAUUUUCCAUUCAAACCAAAACAAAAGUAAACUUGCAAAAGAAGGUUUUUUCCCUGAAAAACAACAAUACAAACGAUUAUACAGGUUAUUUUCGAUGCAUGAAAGAAGCUCUGAGCACAGAAAACACUACCUAGAAUGGAAAAGUCUUCAGAUAUCAUUGAAAGGACAUGGUGUCGACAGCAAUCUGCAACAGAUUAUUAACUGUGAAGCAACAAGAUGGAAAGCUAUUCUUCAACGAAUUUUGGACACAACAAUAUUCUUGAGUAGUAGAGGUUUAGCUUUCCAAGGGGAAAAUACCCAGAUCGGUGAUGUUCACAAUGGAAACUUUUUAGGAGUAUUGGAAUUAAUAGGAAAAUAUGACGAAGUAACUCGUGAACAUUUAGCCAAAGUAAAAGAAAACCAGUUGAAUAAAAAAAUUGCACUUGUUGCUCUUACAUUGGAUGGCAAUGGAUACGGCCCUGAAAAGGCCGCCCUUAAAAUAUCUGCCAAUGGUGUCUAUACAAAAAAAAAUCAAUUUAUCAAAUUGUGA